AUGUGACGAUACAGGAGAGGUUGUUUCGCCGAGUAAUUUACGAAUAUUGAAUUUAUCCGUAUAGAAUAAGAUAAAUUAUAAUUUGCCAUAUGGAUUUGACUCUAAGAUCAUCAUAAAAAUGAACGUGGCAAGAAAUAAUGGAACUCCGGUGGAUAGUUUGGAAGAACUCGGUAUUCCUGGUCAAAAUUCUCUCAGAGAUGCUUUAACAAGUUGCGAGGAUCCUUUAAAAGCUAUCGAGGAAUUUCAGAUGCAAAAUGGAAUUCUACUGCCUUCGUUACGACCAAUGUUACCUUUACUCGACCUUCACGGAGUCCGGAGACUCGAUUUUCACGCCUCUGUCUUGGAAGAACUUCGCGAGAAGCUAAUCAAACGAAUAAAUGAAAUAGGAUCAGAAAGAGGAGAUAAAAGUACAGCGACUGAUCGAAAAUUAAAAGAAUUAUUAGCCAAGAGUUUUCCAGCUGUGAGAAUUCCGGCUUUGAGGCCGGUCGUUAUGUGUAUUCUUCGAAACACUCCUCAUAUCGACGACAAAUACUUGAAAGUCCUAGUUCGAGAAAAAGAAUUAUACAAUGAAGCGGACACAGAAGUUAAGCGACAAAUCUGGAAGGACAAUCAAAGUUUAUUUGGAGAUGAAGUAUCACCUUUGUUCAGUGGCUAUAUCAUGGAGAAGGAGCUAGUUCUUUUUGAUCAUAAAAAUUUGAACAGUCUUUUCUUUACACCUUCUCCAAAGGUAAGAAGACAAGGUCAGGUAGUUCAGAAAUUGGCUCACAUGAUUGGACACAGUGUAAAAUUGUACGAUAUGGUUUUACAAUUUCUCAGAACUCUUUUUUUGAGAACUAAAAAUAUUCACUAUUGCACGCUCAGAGCUGAAUUACUUAUGGCUUUACACGAUUUAGAGGUACAAGAUAUAAUAUCUGUUGAUCCAUGUCACAAAUUUACGUGGUGCUUGGAUGCUUGUAUCAGAGAGAAAAACGUGGAUGUAAAAAGGUCGAGAGAAUUGCAAGGUUUUUUGGACAGUAUUAAGAGAGGACAAGAGCAGGUUUUGGGAGAUCUGAGUAUGAUUCUUUGCGAUCCAUACGCUGUAAAUUUUUUAGCAACUAGUGCAAUAAAAAUCGCAGUCCAUCUUAUUAAUGGAGAUGCGUUACCCCGAGAAAAUGCAGUUCUCGUUUUGCUAUUACGAAUGCUUGCCCUGGGACUUUCUGCCUGGCAAAUGAUCGACUCACAGGAUUUCAAAGAGCCUAAACUCGACAGUCAAGUCGUCACCAAAUUUCUUCCAGCAUUGAUGUCGCUUAUGGUAGACGAUCAGAUACGACACUUGAAUCAGAAGCUUCCCCCAGACGAAAGGGAAAGCGCAAUUGCUAUAAUCGAACAUUCCGGACCUCCGCCAGAUGCUUGUCAAGCUUACGCACAACUUUCUGGUGUAGCUGCAGUCCUUUCUAUGUAUUACGCACUUCACGUUGGCGGAGUUGGAAGUUUUGGAAGAGGUCGAGGAGAUGCGAGAGGUUUGAUGAGAGUUUUGGCAACCCUACCAAACUGCCAGGGUCAAAGGGCGUUUGAGGAUCCGUUUUUACAUACCUUGGUUUCCCUACUAAUUUUGAACAUGGCCGACGAAUUCUCGAACGAAUCCUUCUGUACAGUCAUAUUCGAUGAAUUCUUUUUAACUGGCUUUGGAAGGGAUAAUGUUACUCGUCAUUUGCUGAAGUUGCUUUGGUAUAUUUACCCUAAAUUACCUUCAGCUCGAUUGCAGUCUUUGAUUAAAGCUCUCCAACCAACCGGCCAGCAAGUUGAGGCCGUGCACAAUCUCUACCAAGCUUUGCAUAAAAGAAUUGGCAACUCUCCAGGAGAAAGCCACCCGCCAGCUCCGAGUCAAAUGGACACUCUCACCAUGGAUUGUCCGGGUUCACCAAUUCCUGGGAUGUCAACUCCUAGAUCAGGAUUUUAGAGUUUAUUGUAUUUUAAAUUCACGACUUAAUAUUUUGAUGUUACUUUCGUAAUCGACGAGAUUUCGAAUUAAAGUAUGUAAUAUUUGAAAAAUCCCCUGAAUGAAGAAGUCACUGUAAAGAUAUAGCAAUAAGGAUAUUAGGUAAAUCAAUUGGGUUUUCCCCCUGAUAUUGUAGAGAAAAUAAAAUUUUUAUUAUAAUAAAAACUAUACAUAUG